UCAAGUAGGAAUCUUAGUAAAGGAUGGUAAUAAAUUACCACUCACGUACACAGAUUGGAGGGCCAUGCCUGAAGGAUCUAAGGAGAGAUUUUGGGAAGAUAUUAAGAGAAAUACAAAUAUUGAUGAUACAUGCAAGAAAGUACAAAUGAUAAGGGUUAGCAAAUUGUGGAGAAAUUGGAAAUCAAAAGUCAAGAGCAUGUAUUUCACUCCUUAUAGGAGGCACAGGUCAUGGCUAUUAGCACACUGUCCUGCAAGAGUUGAGGAGGAUCAAUGGCCUAUUUUGGUUGAUUAUUGGAGCUCAGAAGAUGUCAAGAAGCAAAGCAAGAUUAAUAGCAAGAAUCGAAAAAAAUAAAAGAUGCCACAUCGAACAGGGCGAAAAGAUCAUGUGAACCUCAGGGAAGAGCUUCGGAUUAAAACUGGAAAAGAGCCUUCGAAACUAGACGUUUUUAUUCAUUCAAGACAAGGAAAACAAAUGGAUGAGUUGACUUCACAAACAAUUGCAACUAUGAAUGAGGAAAUACAAAAACUGCCAGAGACAUCCAGGGAUGAUAAUUUUGUGAAAGAUAUACUCUAUGAAAAUAUUCUUGGACCUGAAAAACCAGGUCGUCUUCGAACUUAUGGGGUAGGUGCGACUCCAAAAGACGUGUAUAGGAUGUCAGAUAACAUGAAUGAUGGACAAAAGAAAGCAUUUGAGGAUGCAGUGAAUGAGAAAGUGGAAAUCAUACGUGGUGAACUACGAGAAGAAAUGAAUUCGAAAUUGGCAGAUUUUAAGGAGGAGUUGAUUGCUCAAUUUGAAGCAAGAAUGAGGGCAUCCACAUGUGACUUGGCAUCACUCCAAAGAAGAGAAAUGAAUGCAGCAAAACAAUCUCAAAUUUCGGACUCAUUAGAGGUUGUAUAUUAAUUCAUACAAUUCGAUUUUGUGUUCAAACUCUCUGAAAUAUCAGCAGCUAUGGCCUGAUUUUCUUUU